AUUCUCGUUUAUUCACGUCGCUCAGCUCUCUCUAUCUCUCUUACAUACUUCAAUGGCGGCCGAAUCAGAGGCGGAGGCUUCGUUUCUCGAGCGCCUCAUCGGGUCAAGGAACAGAGACCUCUCCAUCUUCUUCCCCUUCAUCUUAGGCGUCAUGGGCCCGCCGAGGAGAGAGGCCCAAGGCGCCCAAGGUCCAGAUCAAGAGACUCACGACGCCCAAGGUUCAGAUCAAGAGGCCCAAGAAAGGAUCGUCCUCAUCAACCCCUUCACCCAAGGCAUGAUCAUCAUCGACGGAGGGGGCAGGAGCUUGGACGCGCUGGUCCGAGAGAUAUCGGAGAUGGAGACGGGAAAGAAAGGGCCACCGCCGGCCUCGAAGGCUUCGAUCGAGUCGAUGCCGAAGGUGGAAAUCAGCAAAGAGGGGGAAGAGUGCGCGAUCUGUUUGGAGGGGAUGGAGGUCGGAGGAGAAGCGAAGGAGAUGCCGUGCAAGCACAGAUACCAUUGGAACUGUAUAGAGAAGUGGCUGCGUCUUCAUGGAUCUUGCCCUGUUUGCAGGUAUAAGAUGCCUGUGGAAGAAGAAGAAGAGCCCAAGAAAGGAGAUGAAGGGAAUGGGAGGAGGGAGGGAAGGGUAGAUAGGGAAAUUUGGGUUAGCUUUUCUUUGGGAAGAAGGGACUCGAGUACGAGUCCAACACCUGCAGUUGAUAGAUCUGAUGGAGAGUAGGAUUUCCGAUUUUUUUUUUUUUGUAAUGUACAGCUUUCGAUCAGAUGACAAAUUUACAUAUGACAUGAAUAAACCAAUUCUGAUUUUUUUUUU